GUUACUGAUUAAGAUGAGUCCUUGAUAGAUUUCCUGUAGGCUUUGGUCAGAAGCAGGGACAGAAACAGCCUAGGUCCCUAAUCACGACACACGGAGGUGAAAGAACGGGGAAAAUGUUGUGUAUCUACUCAACAAUGGCAGAAACACAAAGCCGACAUGAUUGCAAGAGCCGCGCCGCACUGUGCUGCGUGGUGCUGGCAGUGUGCGGGGCCGCUGUGGCCGGGUAGAUCCGCUACUCAAUCCCCGAGGAAAUGCAGAAAGGCUCCUUCGUGGGCAAUAUCGCGCAGGACCUGGGGCUGGAAGCCAAGGCCCUGUCGGAGCGCGGUGCCCGCGUGGUUUCUAGAGGUAGGAUGCAAUAUUUUGCUUUGGAUUUGAAAAACGGCCAUUUAUACAUGAAUGAACUGGUGGACAGAGAGGAGACCUGCGGUCAUAUUGCAAAAUGCGUGUUAAAUGUUGAGAUUCUUGUAGAAAAUCCGGUGAAACUUUAUAGAAGUGAAGUGGAAAUACAGGACAUAAAUGAUAAUUCACCCACAUUUCCAGAAAAUGAAAGUGUGUUAGAAAUCAUGGAGUACACAGCACCUGGCACACGCUUCCCGUUGGAAAAGGCUCACGACUCAGACGUGGGACUGAAUUCUCUACAAAAAUACGUGUGUAGCGAAAACGACUAUUUUAUCUUGAAUGUGAAAACUGGAGAUGAUGGCGUAAAAUACCCGGAAUUAAUAUUGCAAAAAUAUUUGGAUUGGGAACAGCAAGCAGUUCAUCAUUUGAUUCUCACAGCUACUGAUGGUGGGAAUCCUAUCAAAUCUGGAUCAACAGUAAUCCGAAUUCAAGUGUUAGAUGGAAACGACAACGUCCCAGAAUUUACCCAAUCUGUGUAUAAAGUGAAUGUGAAGGAAAACGUGCCUGUGGGCUCCGUGGUACUUCUGGUAAAAGCCACCGACAAGGACGAAGGGACAAACGCGCAGAUCAAGUACUCCUUCCUCAAGAUUUUGGAGAAAUUUAACAGAAACUUUAAGGUGGACUCUGAAACUGGGGAUAUUACAGUAAUGGAAAAGCUGGACUUUGAAGAAAUGGCUUUUUAUGAACUCGACAUACAAGCGAGGGACGAAGGUGGACUGUCGGCACACAGCAAAGUUCUGAUAGAGGUCGUUGACAUCAAUAACCACGUACCCGAGAUCACGGUCAAUUCCGUUUUCACUCCAGUUGCCGAAGAUUCCCAGAUAGGUGCAGUCAUUGCUAUUUUUAACGUGCAAGACAGAGAUUCCAGGGAUAAUGGUGAGAUCAUAUGCUCCAUCCCAGAUAACCUCCCGUUCAAAUUGCAGCGGUCAUUUGACGAUUAUUAUUCUUUGGUGACGGCCAGAGACCUGGACCGGGAGCAGGUGGCGGAUUACAACGUGACGGUCACGGCCCGGGACCGCGGGGCGCCGCCGCUGUGGUCCGCCACGACGAUCGCGGUGCAGGUGUCGGACGUGAACGACACCGCGCCGGCCUUCAGCCAGGCGGCCUACAGCGUGUGGGUGAGCGAGAACAACGCCCGCGGCGCCUCGGUGUUCUGCGCGCGGGCGGCCGACGCGGACUGGGGCGACAACGCCCGGGUGACGUACUGGCUGGCGGAGGGCGAGCUGCAGGGCGCGCCGCUGUCGUCGUGGCUGUCGGUGCAGGCGGAGAGCGGCGCGGUGCAUGCGCUGCGCGCCCUGGACUACGAGCAGGUGCGCGAGAUCCGCUUCGCCGUGGAGGCGCGGGACGGCCGCGCGGCGCAGCUGCUGGGCUCGGCCGGCGGCGCCCUGGCCGGGGUGCCCGUCUCGCACUUCGCGGGCAUCGACGGCGUCCGUGCUUUCCUGCACUCCUACUCCCAGGACGUGUCUCUCACGGCGGGCUCCAGGAAGAGCCAGCUGAGGCUUUCCACGGCAAGUUGUCCCAGCACGCUCACACGCCAACAAGAAUCGAAUAAAUCCGUACCUUUGUUAAUUGCAGACGUGACAAAUGUCUCUCCUGGAGAUUGGAGCUUCGUACAGCCUUCACCCAACUUUGCAGCCAUUAAGAAGUAUGCCCCCUGCAUCUGCCUGCUCCACCACAGUGUUGGACUCCUCUUCAUCUGA